AUAUCACUAAGAUUUUGGGACCUGAUGUACUAUGAGGUUACUGUUUACAUCAAUAAACUUAGUGAACUUUUUUGAUUUAAUGGAAGUUUCUUCUGAAACUUUAGAAAUAUUAUCAUAAUGUAAAAAUAUAAUAAUGUUGCUUCUGAAUGUAAAAGAUUUUUAAUUGAGAAAUUGGGCACAAACAGCACACGAAAAAUCCAAACUAACAUACACACCGUCCCCUCCAACAAGCUCAUACACACUUAGUGACAUACGCGCAUAUACGCGCGCACGACACACAAACACAUGCGCAUACGCACGUGCAUACGCGCAGCUCUCACACAGACGCGGAUUAGGGAUCAACUGUUCGUUCGCUCACUGGAUUAUCAUUUUCACGUCUGAAAAUCCUCAGGAUUCCAGGGUAUUAUCACAUCCUACGUGGAAUACUUGUAAAUAGCUGCAAUUUACACAUCUGACGGAAUCCCAAUGGCAUCCAAUAAUAUGUACAGAGUCGGGGAUUUCGUUUAUUUUGAGUCAUCAGCUACUGCUCCAUAUCAAAUCCGUCGAAUAGAUGAGUUGAAUAAGACUCCUACUGGUGCUGUUGAAGCCAAAGUUGCCUGCUAUUAUCGUAGACGUGAUGUAUCCAAUACUUUAAUUAAUCAAGCUGAAAAAUACUAUGGCGACAAUGAUGAUGAUUACGAUGAAGAGUGUUCAGAUGAAACAACCAGUUCAAAUGGUGGAAACUCUAAAGAAUCUACUAAACGUCCUAAUUCCGGCAUCACUGAACUUCAAAAACAUCAGCUAAAACAUCGUGAAUUGUUUCUUUCACGGCAGAUUGAAUGCCUACCAGCUACUCAUAUUAGAGGAAAGUGCUCAGUUACACUGCAUAAUGAUGCCGAACCAUUGACAAAUUAUUUAGCUAGAGAUGAAGCUUUCUACUACAAACUUAUCUAUGAUCCUAAUUUAAAAACUCUACAAGAAGAUCGAGGUUCAAUGAGAAUUGGUUCAGAUCAUCAGUGUGAGAUUCAGUCGCUACUGAAGUCAAAGUCAGAGGAUGUACGGUUAACGGAAGUACACGAAGAGUUAAUGUGGUCACCUUCACAUUCAUUAACAGAUCAACAAAUCGAUAUGUUCUGUUUAUUGGCCAAAGCUGUUGGUACAUAUGGUCGUGCACAUGACGCUGCUUCAUCAGCUAGACAUCCACUUCUUUUAAGCUCAGCAGCGGCAGCUGGUCGUGAUAUCACUCGACAACAAGCUCAUAAUUUACUGCAUGAAGCCAAUUAUGAUUUAAAUAAAGCAAUCAAUCUUCUAUUACCAGACGGUCAACCUGUUAUAUAUCGUGACCAACUGGAAGAUUGGUCUGCUAAUGAAGCCCAUAUAUUUGAAGAAGCAUUGGAUAAAUACUCUAAAGCCUUCUCAGAUAUCCAAUCAGAAUGUUUACAAUGGAAAACGCAUAAAUCAAUUGUUGAACUGUAUUACUUUUGGAAAACAACAGAUCGUUAUGUUAGACAACGUCGUACUAAACUAGCCGCUCAAGAGCAUAAAUUAAAACAGGUUUAUAUUCCAAAUUAUAGUAAACCGAAUCCAGCUGUUUUAUAUCAUGGUACAGAUAAAGUUAGUCGUCCCUGUGAAGGAUGUGGAACUGCUAAUUCUCAUCAAUGGUAUAUAUGGGGUACAUCUAACAAUAAUUCUCGUUUAUGUGCUGGUUGUUGGUCAUACUGGAAACGUUAUGGUGGACUGAAAACUAUUGACUCUAAAGAACGUCCUGUUACAACUCUACGUGCUCAUCAAACGAACAGUACAAUUCCAGUUGACACAGAUAUAAAAUCAGGUGGGCCAAUCAAUAUAACUGGUACAGUGAAUCAUCAGUUCAAAUCACAUUCUAUUGGAUUACCAAGUGGAGUGAAUGAUACACCAGAUGGUGACAUCGAUAUGAAUUCAGUUGACAACACUGUAACCAGUCAUAACAACAACAAUAAUACUAAUAUUGUUAACUCUGCUACUGCUACUACAACUACGAAUAAUAACAACACCAAGGCAGUAGAUGGAUCAGGAUUCUUCAGUACACUGAUUGGCACGCCAAGAGGGACACAGUGUUUCAGAACACCAUUGAUUAUUCGUUUAGCGCGAAUACUCUGUCCUAAUCUUGUUCAACCAUUGCGUUUAGCUCGACGUCCUGGUGGAAUACCUGAAAUAUUCUCACCUAAACAACAACAACAACUACGUGAAUGCACAGACGUAGACUUAUCUGGCAUUGACAAUCUGUCAGAGAGAAAUAUGCUGAUAAUGUGUAAAGUACUGAAAGCAGCAGCUCAACCCAUACUGGCACGACUUCACAAUCCAUCCUCUUUGUUGACUCGUCCACGAAAAAUACCCAGUUUAAAUGAUGUCAUCGAUGCAAUGGCUUCACGCAAAGGCAUUGUCUUACAACCGCUACACCUUUCCCCAACCUCACAAUUCCCACUUCCUAAUGGUCCUGUCCACAAUCGUAAACGUCCGUAUUCACCAGGUUCAAUUAAUCCAACAGUGUCGAAAAAAUUAGAUCAAACAGAUGAAAAGUUAAAUGGUAAUAGUAGUAGUAGUGGUAAUAAUUCAUGUAUGCUGGCAGAAAAUUUGAUGGGAAAUGAUGGGAAAUGUUUGACUAAUGGAAGUACUAAUACUACUAAUGCUGUUACUACUAUUCCUAACACUGCUAUACCUGUUACUGAUAUUAAUUCAUUUGUUUCAAAGCCGGAUUGUUCCCCGUCGUCUGCUUCUACGGAUAUCAUUGUUCCAGGUAAAACUAUAAAGUCGUCAGCAUUAUCAAUUGAUUUAUCAGGUCAAAGUUCAACUUUAACAAGUAAUGGGAUCUCUGAUGACAAUAGUACACAAAUCAUAUCAAAUUUUGAAUCGGAAAUCAUACAGUAAACCCAUUGAAACUAUGGAAAUCGUCUGUGAAACCGUAUUUACUAGUAAUCAACAGUUUCUUGUCAAGUCAAUAAUAAUGAUGAUGAUGAUAAUGAUGAUGUAAUCCUGUUUCUUCUUUUUUCCUUCAAAUUCACCUGCUACCCCACUCAUAAUUGAGUUGUGUGGCACAACGUAGACGGAUACACUCUGGGCUUGUUUUUCCUUUCAGUGUUCCCCACCCAAAUAAUCAAUAUACACACAUAUAUAUGUAAGUAAGUGAGUAAACAAAACGAAACAAACAAUUAAAAAAAAAACCAAGUAUCCCAAUUUUUUUCCCUACGCCUUUUGUCUUUUCAUAUUUGUAUUUGUGAAUCUUGGAUAGUCCCAAUUUUGUGUGCGUGUAUGUGUGUGGUAUAACGUUCUUGUAAUUUUGUGUUAUAUUAUUAUACUACUACUAUUACAUAUAUAUAUAUACACUAUUUCGUAAUUUCACUUCCCUGUAAUGUGUUUUUUGUAUUGAUGAAAAGUAAUGUGCGAUACACUCAGUGCUCUGUACCCAUGACUCCGAUAUCUCUUGAUGCUUUUCUUGUGCGCAAGUGAACAAUGAACUGGCCUCUAACUUGAACACGUAUGCAAGUCGUGUACUCUUUCUCUCUCUCUCUCUCUGUCUUAUGUCUUUAUUUCCUUUUAUAUGUCUGAUAUUAUUGAUAUUAAGGAAGUGUAUUUUUAGUGUUUUUUUCUAUUUUUCCGCAUUCCUUUGUCUGUCUGUCUCGAUCUCUCUCUAGCUCGUUUAUUUACGUCAAUCAAAUUGUACUACUUGUUAAUAUUUUCAGUAGUUUGGGUGUUCGUCAACAAAACAAAAAUUGAACGGAGAUAUCUUUUGAUAUAAGGCGUUUUGGCUUCAUUUUUUCUUGACGGUAGGCGUAGUAUGUUGACGAUUCGUUCAUGAGUGAGCUUGUAAACAGACUCUAUAUAUAUACACACAUUACUAUUAUUAUUAUUAUGACCAAUUGAAGUAUAGUGUUUUUUUCUCUCUUGUAUGUUUGUGUGUCAAUCUUAUAUUGGAAAACCAAAAAAAAAUAACUACAAACAAACAGGAAAAUAUCUUUUUUUCAUUUUGUCCAUUUGUAUUUAAGCAUUUCACUUACGCACAUACACUUUCUUUUCGGCACUGUGUAUUCCCUUUUUUUGUCAAAUACAGUCUUAAUAUAUAUACACACAUA